AUGACAAGCGGAAGUUGAGUGUUCUUGGGCCCAGCAUCAGCCUCAAAACCACAUCCCGCCUGCAUGACCUUGGAUUCUGAGCAUGAAGCUCUUCAGUGCACCAGCCUCCUCUCAUGCCACGCUGGGAUCGCUACAAGGGCAAUGGAUAUCUGCACGGAACCAAGGGUGUUUCUGGUGCUGGCCCUUCUCUUCUUGGGCCCAGGCAAACGAACCGCAGCCAUCACUAAGCUUCAAGAUGUGAAGUGCACAGUCUUUAAUGAGGACUACAUGACUUGUGAGUGGGACAGAAGCCAGAAACCAGCUGUCAAUUACUACAUGUACUACUGGUAUGCAAACAAUCCCAUGGUAGAGUGUCAGCAUUACCUCCAAAGUGAUGGUGUCAACACAGGAUGCUGGUUCAACAGCAGCCAGAUUGAUUUGGAUUAUUCCUUCAACAUUUAUGUCAAUACAAGCAACGGGGGCAUCAGACUCACCAUGUAUCUGCAAAACCUAGUGAUACCCAAUCCACCCAUUAACAUCACCAUCCUGAGCUUAAGAAACAACCAGCUGCAGCUGACCUGGGCCUCAACAUACAAGAACCUGCUCUGUCUGGAACAUAUGGUGGAGUACAAGAGCAACGCAGACACUGAAUGGAAGAAACCACAAAUGGAAGAAAUGAAGUUCAUCUUACCCAGUGUGGAUCCAGAGAAAGUCUAUACCUUCUAUGUCCGGAGUAAGAUAAACAUUAAAUGUGGGACCACCGAGUUUUGGAGUGAGCCAGCUGGCCCUUUCUCUUGGGGAAAAAAUACCACCAGCAAUGGUCCUAUAGAUGACGUAAAGAACCUGUGGUUCUGGGUGCAGAAUGUCCUGGUUCCAGUCUGCUCCCUUUUGCUCCUGAUCGUGCUCUUCUUUACCCUGCUGCGUACGGAAAGGGUAUGGCUGGUCCUGAUGCCCAGAAUCCCCAACCCCAGCAACAAAUUUGAAGAGCUCUUCACAGCCUACCAAGGCAACUUCUCAGAGUGGGCCGGGGUCCCUAAGGAUGCCGUGGAGAGUUUCAAGCCCAGCUACCGUGAAAGCGUCUGCCAUGUCACUGAAUUGCUCCCCGGUGGGGGAUAUUUGCCCCUGAGCAAUGAGAUUCUGGGCAAGGCUGGGGAGGUGCCUGGGGUCUCUGUGGACUCUGUCCCCAAGAUCAAUGUAGAGUAAACUCUGCAAGACUAGCCACUUGCAAGUUCGGGAUGUUUCCUGGCUACAGCUUCUAUUAAGGUUUUCCUCAGACAUGCUUUCCUCACAGUGCUACCUUGCCAUUUUCUGUCCCUCACUGCUGUAAUACUUCCAUGGAUACUUUCCUCAUGAGGUUGAAGAUCUUCCUCUGUAGCCUUCAUGCUUGGUCUCAAGGUCCAAUGGAGCUCCUGCCUUCCUAUCACGCACUGCCAUGCAUCUUCCUCCCAAUCUUUCAUGAUACAUGGGAGUCAUAGCCUAGAGCGAUGUUGGUGGUUCAGGCAGUCUGGGAGCAGUUUAGCUUGUAACUGGACAAUAAGCUGUCUGGUCUGAGACUGAUUUGCCAGGCCAGAGUCAGCAGUUCCAUAGGGCCAGAUGGGACUUGACUGGCUCUUCAGGUCCCCCUGAUUCUACCAGGCUGAAAUCUGCAGUGCAUCCUUCAGACAUCAACAGCAGUGGUGCUGCAGAAAUUAGACUAGCAGUUUUUUGUACCUGCAAACUGUCAUGGUAGCCCUGCUGUCAGAAUCUUGGGUCAAGGCUGCCAGCACAUAGUAAUGGGAGAUCUUUAAGUAGUGCCUUCUUCAAAGGGAGACCUUGAGGAGCUGAAGCAUAAUAAAAGGGCAGUUAGCUGGGUUUGUUGGCAAGGGAGGAAGUAGGAGUUGUAGUUGCAAGCCUACGAGGAUCAUCCGCUGUAUCCCCUUCCCUCCCAUGAAUUGCCCAAGGGGCAAUUUUGCUGAAUCCAUCUACACCUUCUUGGCAGUUAGCCCAUUCAAGUUGCUGCCCAGUUUCACUAACUGCAAGACUCAACAUUUAUUGGCAUGUCAGUGCUGGGUAUUGUUCCAAACUGACUGCACACAUUAUAGAAAUCCAUGCUGGUUUUGUCAAAUGUGCCAUAUUCCUGCCCUGGACAUUUUUCAGUGGGUUCCUGAUUAUGAAUAUUCUGCCUUCUUGUGACCCCCGGAUUCUUUUCCUGCCAAACUAGCACUUCUAAUCCUGCCCAAUUCUAUAAAACCUUCUCCCCUGGAAAGAGCCAAUUACAAUUGCUGUGUUUAUUCUUCAGUUCUCUUCUGCUCUUGUAUAGUCUACUGAGAGUUGCAGGCUAUUGCUCUUGCUUUUCUCUGUAGCUAGCUUUCUCAGAAAUGGAAUCAAGAAGUUUGGCUGCAGCCACUUGGGACAGAGACUUCAAGCAAUGCAUAGGACUGUCGGCUCCCAUAUGAAUCUGUCCAACAGUUUCUGUCUUUGUCGAAGGUCCUGUUCUACAUAACUACUAAAAAUAAAGCCUUUUCUGUUAUAGUGCCUCAAUGAAUGAAGACCUACCCAGAUGCCUUCAUCUGGCAUCAAAAUCAAAUGUUCUUCCAGACCCCGGUUAAGACACCUUUGGUUUCCCAAGUGUUUUCAGGUUUUUAAGGGUUUAAUUUUGUUGCGAGUGUUUUAUGUCUGUCAGUGCUAUCUCUAUUCUCUGGGCACAUUCACAUAUUUUAGUGGUUAUUUUUACUUCUGAGUUUUAGAUAAGUUUUUAUCCUGCUGUCUUUGUCUACCUUUAAAUCUGAAGUUUAGCAAUUGUUUGUUAGUGUUUUUUGUUUCAUAUUGUAUUUAAUUUUUGCGGGAAAAAGCGCUUUAAGGCUGUAAUUCUAAGAAUACUUUCCUGGAAAUAAGUAGACCCCCAUUGAAUAAAAUAGAACUUACUUCUGAUAAGGCCUGCUUAAGUUUGUUUCCACUCAAUAUUUUAUCAAGCAUGCAGUGUGUUAAUAUUUUAAAUAC